UUUUGCCAUUUCCAUUCACUUCAAGAGAAAUAUAGUAAUAUACAUUCAAGCAAGUUUUACAAUUAAAGAUUGCACUUGCAUAAAAAUUUCAAGGCAGAAAUGGAAGAAGCAGCUCACAACUCAAAGACAUGGGAAAAUUAUGUAGACUGGAAAAACAGACCGGCUUUACGUGGUCGUCACGGUGGCAUGCUUGCUGCCUCUUUUGUCUUGGGUGUAGAGGUGCUGGAGAAUUUGGCAUACCUAGCAAAUGCAAGUAACCUUGUGCUCUAUCUCUCAAAAUUCAUGCAUUUUUCUCCGUCCAGCUCAGCCAACAUUGUCACUAAUUUUAUGGGCACAGCCUUCCUUCUUGCGCUGCUCGGUGGAUUUCUUGCCGAUGCUUUUUUCACCACUUAUCGCAUCUAUUUGAUAAGUGCCGCUAUCGAAUUCAUGGGCCUGCUAGUACUCACAAUUCAAGCUCACAUUCCUUCCCUGAAACCACCGCCAUGUGUUCCGGCAAACACAAACUUCCGAUGCGAGCAAGUGGACGGAAGUAAAGCAGCAAUGCUGUUCAUGGGCCUGUAUCUAGUAGCACUCGGCGUAGGAGGGAUCAAAGGUUCACUUCCGCCGCACGGUGCCGAGCAGUUUGAUGAAGAAACUCUACAAGGAAGAAAGCAGCGAUCGGCGUUCUUCAAUUACUAUAUUUUCUGCCUUUCUUGCGGUGCUCUGAUCGCCGUUACAUUCGUGGUGUGGAUUGAAGAUAAUAAAGGGUGGCAGUGGGGUUUUGGUGUAGCGACUGUCACAAUACUUCUCUCUAUCCCUGUCUUUCUCCUUGGAUCCCCCACUUAUCGGAACAAAGUUCCGGCAGGAAGCCCCGUCACUACCAUAUUCAAGGUUCUAGUUGCAGCAGUUUACAACACUUUCAAACCAGAGAAUCCAAGCAACACUAUCAUGGGCGUGGAUACAAGCUCAUCAUCCGCCACUGAAACCAGUGAGGCAGACGAUACUAUACAGGUCACCGGAAAGAAUCAAACUCCACCACAAAAAAAUCUCAGCUUUCUGAACAAAGCAGUGAUCAAGAACACCAACUCUACGAACCCAAUUCUUCAAUGCACAUCUAAAGACGUAGAAGAAGUCAAAAUCGUCCUAAAAAUACUCCCAAUCUUCAUGUCCACCAUAAUGCUAAACUCCUGCCUAGCUCAGCUCUCAACUUUCUCAGUCCAACAGGCAUCAACCAUGAACACCAAUCUUUUCUCCUUAAAAAUCCCACCGGCUUCGCUCCCGGUCUUCCCCGUAAUCUUUAUCAUGAUCCUCGCGCCAAUUUACAACCAUAUCAUCGUCCCAUUCGCAAGAAAACUCACAAACUCCGAAAUGGGCAUCACCCAUUUACAAAGAAUCGGAACCGGUUUAGUCCUGUCCAUAGCCGCCAUGGCCGUCGCAGCUUUAGUUGAAACCAAACGUAAGACCGUCGCGACGAACUCCGGACUAACAGACUCUUCUAAACCGUUACCGAUCACGUUCCUAUGGAUUGCGUUACAGUAUUUGUUUCUUGGCUCGGCUGAUCUUUUUACUUUGGCUGGAAUGAUGGAGUUUUUCUUCACGGAGGCUCCGGUGAGUAUGAGAUCAUUGGCUACGUCUCUUUCUUGGGCAUCUCUGGCUAUGGGAUAUUAUCUGAGCUCUGUUCUUGUGGCGUUAGUUAAUGCUGUUACGAGUGCUUACAGAGAUACGCCAUGGCUGUUUGGAAGUAACUUGAAUCAUUAUCAUUUGGAGCGGUUUUACUGGUUGAUGUGCGUGCUUAGUGGGAUUAAUUUGUUGUUUUAUCUCUUCUGGGCUUGUCGCUAUAGGUACAAAACGACGAGGGUUGAUGAAGAGUAAAGAUUGCAGGGUGCACAAGUUUUAGUAAUUAUUAGGUACAUAUAAAAAUUUUAAAUGGCGAAUUGUAAUUAGGGGGAUAUUUUAAUGGUUCCUAAUUUUAUUAUACUAUUUUUAUAAUAUGGCUGAAGAAUUUCCCAAGUAUGGGUUUGCAUGAUAUAA